AUGCGUUUCUCCGUCACUUCCGCUGUCACCAUCGUGACUGGUCUCACUGCCAGUGGAAGUGCAUUCAUGAUUGAUACCUUCGAUAGGCAGGACUGCGAUGGCCCAGUCCAAUCCGGAGUCAACAUCUUGGACAACGCCUGUGCGGCUUGGGCUGAAGGCUUCCGAUCUUUCAAGAUCACGGGCCGGGGCGGUAACCAUCAGAGAGCUCACUUUUUUGCCGCGGACAACUGCGGAAGUUUAACUGGGGCCAUUCGUUCCGGCUAUGUGGAUUCCACGGCCCACGGCUUCAAGAUUGGAGAGUGCUAUGAUUUCCACGGUGCAACUGCGAAUGUGAUUGCCUCCUACUACGGUUGA